CGCGGCGCGGAGGAAGAAAGGCGACACCAGACAGUGGAGUUGCCACUAACGGUUUUUUGUGGACUUUGAUGGCCACCGUCAAUUUCUCAGCGCUCCAAUUCCUAAAAAUAUACGCAGUUGCGUUUUUGUUGACUUUUCAACCAGCUGAAGAUAUUGGCGUUCAGUUGCGUAGCUGAAACAUUUAUAUUGUGGAACCAAGUCCAUCACAUUGUCAUGGUGGCAACGACUUACUAUUUGACGCCUUAGAACAACGACUAUUAUUUGCUUAUAUUUUUGGCAAUGUGGCUCUGAAAUAAUAUUAGGCUAAACAAACUAGAAAACCAGAAAAUCUGCACCUUCCUGGAUAUUAUUAUCUUGAAUAUCUUUUAUUUGAGAGAACAAAAAGCAUUCGCUGCUUUACCUCUGAUAAUUGAAUUGGAAAUAUGUUCGGUUUGCUAGUGCGCUCGAUUUUCGAGGCUGGGCAGGGGCUUUUCCGCGGGUCAGUGCUGUCCGAUAUCAUCCAGCACUGGAUCGGUUCCAGUUUUUUAACUCUGAUCUCCGUGCUGCUUGGGGGUGUGGUUUUCUUUGUUAUUGUUUCGUUAAGAAGACGAGGGCAACGUGGAGUAUCGUCGACCUUCUCUGUCGAUUUCAACAAUACAGAUGUCUCUCUCGAACAAGUCCUGCAAACACCUUUCCGUCUGACUGUGAAAAGGAGCGGGCAAGAGCCAACAAAGAAAAAAAGAAGAGAAAAAGAGAGAGACCAGCCGAAUGGGCAGGCUGCUGCAUCACCUGAAAGCAGCGCUGCUCAGAGUGAGGUCGUGCAUGAUUCAGCUAGCCCAGAGAGCAAACCUCUGAAGCCCAAGAAAAAGAAGAGGAAACCUGAAAAUGUGGAGGAUAGAGUUAUCCUGCUAUCCAAUGACCUGUUCUCUUCAAGAGAGAGGACUGAAGAGGAAGAGACCGGUGUUUGGGAGAGGAAGAUGACCAGCAGGGAGAAGAGGCAGUUGAGGAAGGAGAGAAUGAAGAGAAAAGAAAGCCCCAGAGGAAGCUCCCAGCAGCGUCCCGUAUUGCUGGAGGGUGCGGCUCGCUGGAAUGGCCGACCCCAUCGAGAAGGGGAGUGGCAGCCAUGCCCUUUGGGUGACACUGUGGGUCCUGGGAAUGCUGGGUCCCGUGGCAUCCCAGAGGGACUAGCGUCUGCGGGAUCCCGGAGGGAAACGCGGUCCCAUGAGACGGGGAAGGCGGGCCGCAGGGCAGUGGAGUUGGUGCCCCCUAGCAGACUGGAGGAGGACAUCUUUUCUCAUGUGGGAACGUGGGAUUCCAAAGAUGUGAAGACAGAACCUGUGACCUUUGGGACUGUCCCUGACAUGUCCUCUGAUUUUGGCAACGGUUCAUCACAGCCCAGUCCAUCUCAGGAGAAGUGGUCUUCUAGGAUGACAUCACUGGGCGUUGAGGAUGCUUGGCUGGGACUAGAGGACUCCUCAGAUGUUGACCAGGCCUCAGACUGGAAGCCCCCUAAGGAGGAGUGGGGAAACUGGGGUGGGGAAGAGGGUGCCUUGGCACAUGACAGGGGGCAGGGAGACGGUCUGAAGAAGCUGAAGGAGGGAGUGGAGGACAGGGUGACGCUGCAAGGCACGGACUACAUAGCACAGAGUUCUGCUCGAGUGGAGUCAUUGGACGACACUGAAACCAAGAAAGACAGGAAGAAGCGGAGGAGGAUGAGGAAGGAAACCUGACAUCACCACCCUGUGUUACUGAGAGGAUCACAGUCAGAGUGCGUUGUCGCUAAAUUACCUGGGAAAAGCUUCGCUUUUAGAGAGGCCACCUGAAGCGCUAUUGCAGAUCAACAGAGUGCAAGAGUGUGAGAGAGAGAGAGAGAGAGAGAGAGAGAGAGAGAGAGAGAGAGA